GAGAUCCUCGUUGCUAGGAGACUAGACGCCUCUUUCCGCUGGAUCGCGCAGCCUCCCAGAUAGCCGGGCCGUCUCUUUCUUGUUCGAAGGCCGAAAUGUCUGGUCCCACAAACUCCCACAACCAGGGGCAGUUCUGGAAGGCCCCUUUCUAGGGACAUUUUUCUUCUACGCUCUGUAAGGCGGGCCGAGGCAGGCCGAGACUUCUUUCCCGGAUCCAGUCACCUGCCCCGCUAUGCUUAAGAAAGAAAAAAAGGCCAAGACGCCCCUGUCCGAUGAGGAGCAGCUGCUUCUGUUUCAGCAGAAGUUGCUGGCAGAGGAGGAGAUGGCCAAAAAGAAGGAGAGGCUCCUCAGCCAGUUCUUGAAGGACAAGCUGGCCAAGGAGGAACACAACAGUGCUCUGAACCUUAAUAAGAUUAACACACAGUGGAGAACCGUCCUUCGGGAAGUUAAGACCAGAGAACUUCUUAAGGACAUUGAGAUCCUCAGCCAAACAUUUGAACGAGUGGUGGAUUGUAAGGACAAUGUCAUCAAGACAGAAAGGAAGACGAUUAUUGACCAACAUGAGAAAGAGAUUCGCUACCUACAAGAUAUCUUCAUGGCCAUGGAGCAGAACUAUUUGGAUUCUGAGUAUGAAAGCAAGCUGGAGUUCCAGAGCAUGUGGAAUGAUCUCAAAAACAUGAAUUUAGAAGAGAAGCACUUUUUAAGACUGCAACUGGAGAACACAGUAGAAGAUCUGUGGAGGAAGUUCCAGGAUGUACUCAAGAAUUACACUGAUUCCACAGAGGAUCGAAAGGUUGCCUUUGAGACCCUGCAGGUGAAGGAUGAGAAAAACUCCAAAGAGAUUGAAGUACAGAUGAAAAAAAUACAGAAGCUACAGGAUGCCAUAACUAUUUCAAAAGGCAAGAUCAUGAUACAUAGCCGAGAGAGUGAAGAUGAGAACCGGUACAUCCGUAAUGACAAGGAAUUGGUGCUCAUACAACUGCGAAAACUUAAGGCCCAAAGGACGCAGGCCCGAGCAGCAUCCCAGAAGAACUUAGUCAAACUCACCCUGGAAAGUAAUGCUACCCUCAAGGCCCUGAGAAAGAUUGUUGAUAAGGGUGAAAAGAUCCUUAAACUUGCUGAAAUAUGUAGGAAAUUUGAAACUGAGGAAGAAAAAGUGCUGCCUUUUUAUUCAUCAGUGUUGACUCCUAAGGAGCAGGAGGGGAUUGAGGAGAAUAAUUUAGAAGAGCUUACUGAGGAGCUCGCCAAGGUGAUCAUGGAUUACAUAGGGAUGGAUAAUUUCUGGAAAAGGUACAACAAAGUGAAACUGGAGCAACUGAGCCUCCAACACAGACGAGCCCAGCUGCUAGAUAUCAAUGGGAAGCUGCGGGGGAUGCUGAAGCAGUACUUGGAUGGCAUCUCAGUGAGUGACGAAGUGCUGAGCCAGCUCAACCCACUCUUCAUAGUCAACCAUCGAAGCAACUUACCCCAGCCCUCGUCUACACCUAUAGCUCAUCCAGGUGAUAAACAACAUCCAACCACUUAAAAUAUCACUGAAGCAGCCCACGUGAUCUUCCACACUGUGUGAUCUAAGGGGGAAAAAAAUCUUUUCAAUCCCUAUUUUUUUUUUGAGAGAGAGAUGUAGGGACAUUGCUAUUAAAAAUUUCCAUGGAGUUUA